AGUCUUCAUCCAUCUGUUGCAGUGAGUGUUGCUGUUCUAGCGCAACAUCGUGAUGUCUUCACAGCAAUCCCAACCGAACAAUGAAGCUGAAAAAGAGGUUUUAGUGGAGCUUAUUGAGUCACUAAAAGAGAACCGAUGUUUGUGGGACACUAAGUGCGAUGCCUAUGCGAAUAGGGAUCUACGGAGGGCAGCACAUGGUUCGCUGUUGGAGAUAUACAAAAAAUUCCAACCGAAUGCAACAAUUGACCUGCUCAAGAAGAAGAUAGAAAAUCUCAAGUGCAGUUUCAGACGGGAAUUGAGGAAGGUAAGAGCCAGUGAAACAACUGGAGCUGGCAGCAGCCAGAUAUAUACACCACGUCUCUGGUUCUAUGAACUCAUGUCAUUCUUGGAAGAGAAGGAGAUGAUCAGAGAAGGAUUGGAUACUCUGGAAGAAGACGAGUCACAAAUGGAUGCUGUGGAAACAGUUGGUGACCCAGGAAGUGGUGCAGCAGUGGUGCAAGAACAGAGCAACCAACGGCAGAACGCAGGUCCUUCUACUAUUGUAAAUCCGGCUGGGACUAGGGCUCCGAUUCCACGAAAAAGGAAAAUGAGCGCAUUGGACAAAAAAAAGGAAGCCAUGUUUGACUCUGUGCAAAAUUUACUGUCUGCAACCGAGGCCGAGUGGGAGGUGAUAGGUAAAUCGCUUGGCUUACAACUCAGCCAACUCAAUAACGAUCAGCAAACCAUUGCCCAAAAAUUGAUUUCAGAUAUAAUUUUUUAUGGAAAGCGUGAGAAGCUGACUGACAUGUCAUGUAUUAAUCUAGCCCCAAAUUCUUCGCCUCAUUUCUUUCAAACACCACACCCAUCUUUUCAAAGCAUGCACGAUAAUCACAGAUUCAAACGUUCAACACCUCCUUUCCCUUCUCAAAAAUCGCAUACCCUUGUUGCAAGCCCAUCUCCACCCUUCAUUCCACUCUCACCAUCUUCAAUAACUACAAAUGAGUCCAAUAGUAGUGCACAAGAUGACUACAACAUAACAGAGUUAAAUUCAAUCCAAAAUCCUCGUGGUGUUCUCAUCACGGUGUCUCAACUACGAAUGUUUGGUCUGGGAGUGUGUAGAGCCGUCCAAGACGGCAUGCUUGCAGCCAGACGGUCUGGUCUGAAGGUCUGGUCCGGUAGUGUGUGGGGCUUUUAA